CACGUCACCGUCCGGUGACAAUUCCCAGUGCCAAAAGUUGGAACCCCCACGAGACUUUGUGCGUCGCUUCCAAUACUCCCUCUGCCUUCUCCCGGUCAUGCGUUGAUUUGGUCCUCCCUCUUUCUCUCUCAUUCUAAUCUUCGGUGGCCGCCAGCGGUUACUCUGCUUCCGACUCUCUCUCUCUCUCUCUCUCUCUCUCUCUCUCUCUUUCUCAGAGGAUGAGCCUCAGAGACCCGCAGCAGCGGCAGCAGACGGUCUUCUCCGGCGCCGAUCUCUCCUCCUCCGCCUCGAUUGACGAUGAGGAAGACGAGAACGGAGGUAGCAGCAGCAACGGGAGCGACGCCUCGCUGCCGUCGGCCCCGGCGCCAAGGCCGGCAGCGGAGCAGGCGAGGCGCUGGCGGGACGUGUUCUGGCUCGGCGUGUUUGUCCUCCACCUGCUCGCUCUCGGCGUCGGGCUCACCAUCCUUGGUAUUAACCGCUUCAGCCGCGCCGACCGGCUCAACAUCGACCGGUUCACCAACAUCACCGGCAGGAUUAACUCUAGCCAGGCUGCCUUUUUCGAGCAGCAGCCGGUGGAGCUUACGGAGACCUAUUGGCCGUUCUAUGGGGUGGCUGGUGGGGCGGCGGUGCUCUUGGCGUGGGCGUGGCUGUCGCUGUUGGGGAGUCGAGCGAGCCAGAUGAUGAAGGUGUCGAUCCACGGGCUCACUACCUAUCUUGCUGUGAUCAGCGUCUUGUGCUUCUGGACCGAACACUUUUUCUGGGGCGUGGCCUUCGCCGUCGGGGCGGCACUGCAGUUCUUGUAUGUCAUGUCGGUGUUGGAUAGGUUUCCUUUCACAAUGCUAGUGUUGCAAAAGGCUGUCAAAAUGGUCUGGGACCUUCCUGAAGUUAUGCAUGUAGCCUAUGCUUUUAUGAUAAUUAUGCUUUGUUGGAUGGCAUUAUGGUCAUUUGGAAUAUCUGGGGUUAUUGCUUCAAGCAUGGAUGAUAGUGGACGCUGGUGGCUCCUUGUGGUUUUUUCUGUCAGUUUAUUUUGGACUGGUGCUGUCUUUUGCAACACAGUUCAUGUUAUUGUGUCUGGCAUGGUCUUCCUUGUUCUCAUGCAUGGUAGCAGAAGUGCAGCAUCAAUGCCUGCAAAACCACUUUUGAAGUCCCUUCGUUACGCUGUAACAACUUCUUUUGGUAGCAUUUGCUAUGGUUCACUUUUUACAGCUGCCAUCCGUACAUUGCGAUGGGAGAUUCGGGGAUUUCGCUCAAAGAUUGGCAGCAACGAGUGUCUUCUUUGCUGUGUUGAUUUCUUGUUUCACCUAGUGGAGACUCUAGUCCGUUUCUUCAACAAGUAUGCUUAUGUCGAGGGCCUUAUGCUAGAAUCAUGUAAGGACUUUUCCUUGGAAAAAGAAGGGAAAGAAGACUUCAUUUUGUUGUUGGAAUUUUCACCUCAUGAAAAACAGAGGGGCAAAGUGUUCAAGUUACCUUCAUUCUUAAAAGGUCAAAACAUGGAUCUUAUUUUUUUUGAUUUCUCAGUGAACAAGCCACAUUUGCACAAAUAUGCAAGUUUGUCAGAUUCCUAGACUUUCCUUUUCAAUGAAAGAACAAAGAACACAUUUCCAAGGAAAACCAGUUGUGUUCAUGUCUUGUACCGAACUUGUGAUGCUGUUUGGCAGUAGUGCUCAGAUUCCAUGUCCUUAUCUCAUGGUUUUAUAUAUUUGUAAGACUUGAGGCGGUUAUCCUUUAAUAACUAUUUGUUUGAAGGUGAUGUUAUAUUCUAGGAGCUUAAGAGAGGUCAUUAUAAUUUUUUUGGUAUUUUAGCAACUUAAAAGAAGGGUUUUUACGGAGCACACCUGCUCCAUAUCUCAUACAUGGACUUGUCUGAUUUAAGUUCCUUCUUUCUAUCCUGAAUAAACUUUCUUCUUACUACAUCACAUGAUUGCCAUACUUUCUUGGGGAUUGAUCAAUCCUGCCUCUCCAUCGAGGAGGAUGUUCACUUAGCACAGGUUUAAGCUAUAUAGCACAAUUCAUAUAUCAUGUUUCUUUGUCUGAUUAUCCUUUUCUAAAACUCGUGGAAGUCACAUCACAAACUUAGUGGUCAGCUGGCUUAAUAUAUUGAUAAUUUCUCUGAAUCUAAUAGUGGAAGAGACCAAUGAAGACCUGUUUCUUGUGCCCGAAAACUUGUGUCGUAACAAGUCAUCCUAGUAAAGCUUUUUACCUGUG